AUGGGAUAGCUACAGCUCCGUUUUGUUGCCCGUUGUUGCCGUCUAACCUCACGAUAGACGUCGGCGAUGUUUUUCUAGUGUUAUUUUGAUGUUUGAAUUCUGGCAUUAAAGUGCCAAAAUGUCUGGCUCAAUCGAAAUCCCGCUCAGGGAAACUGAUGAGGUAGUUGAACUCAAAGUCGACCAAUUGCCAGAAGCCGAAGAUGUCAUCUCCAUCUUGUGUCAAGAGCAAGUGCAGCUUCACUUAUGGGUCAAUGUUGCGCUGGAGUAUUACAAACAAAAUAAGACUGAAGACUUUGUUAAGAUUUUGGAGCGUUCCCAUCAAGAUGCAAAUAGAGACUAUCAAGAUUAUGAAAGGGAUCAAAUGCGAGCCCUUGACAUGCUUGCUGCGUAUUAUGUGCAGCUUGCCAAUCAAGAGCGUAUCAAAGAAAGGAGGGACAAACUAUUUGACAAAGCCAAUCUCCUGUACAACACUGCUGAUAAAAUCAUCAUGUACGACCAGAAUCACAUGUUGGGAAGAGCUUAUUGCCGUUUGUUGGAGGGAGACAAAAUGGACCAAGCUGAGAACCAGUUCAAUUUUGUUUUGAACCAGUCUCCUAAUAAUAUCCCCUCACUACUUGGCAAAGCUUGCAUAGCUUAUAACAAGAAAGACUACAGAGCGGCUUUGGCUUUUUACAAGAAAGCCCUGCGAACUAACCCAAAUUGCCCAGGUGCUGUGCGCCUUGGUAUGGGCCAUUGUUUCAUGAAACUUGGCAACCAAGAAAAGGCCAGGCUUGCAUUUGAACGUGCCUUACAAUUAGACCCUCAAUGUGUUGGGGCUCUAGUUGGCCUAGCUGUCCUGAAACUGAAUAUUCAAGAGCAUAUGUGUAUCAAAGAAGGUGUGGAAAUGUUGUCUAAAGCAUACCGGAUUGAUUCUACUAAUGCAAUGACUCUUAAUCAUCUUGCCAACCAUUUCUUCUUCAAGAAGGAAUAUUCUACAGUUAGACAACUAGCUCUUCAUGCUAUCAAUAAUACUGAAAAUGAACCGAUGAGAGCUGAGAGCUGUUACCAGUUAGCCCGUGCUCUCCAUGUACAAGGCGAUUAUGAUCAAGCUUUCCAGUAUUAUUAUCAAGCCACUCAGUUCGCUCCAGCCCAUUUUGUUUUACCUCAUUUUGGCUUGGGCCAGAUGUAUAUUUACAGAGGAGAUACAGAAAAUGCUGCACAGUGUCUAGAAAAAGUACUUAAAGUUCAACCAACAAAUUAUGAAACUAUGAAGAUUCUUGGGUCAUUGUAUGCCAAUUCUAGUAGCCAAACUAAACGAGAUAUAGCUAAAGGUCAUCUGAGGAAGGUUACUGAACAAUUUCCCGAUGAUGUUGAAGCGUGGAUAGAACUGGCUCAGAUUCUUGAGCAAACUGACCUUCCUAGUGCCUUACAAGCAUAUCAUACAACAACCCGUAUUUUGAAGGACAAAGUUCAAGUUGAAAUUCCUCCAGAAAUUUUGAAUAAUGUGGGCUCUUUGCACUAUAGGUUGGGCAAUUUGGAGGACUCCAAGAAGAGCUUUGAAGAGUCUUUAGUCAGGUCCAGAGCUGAAGCAGAGCAUGACCCACAGUAUUACAAUUCCAUCGCUGUCACCACCACUUAUAACUUAGCCAGAUUACAUGAAGCACUCUGUCAAUUUAAUCAGGCAGAGAGAUUGUACAAAGAUAUUUUAAAAGAACAUCCCAACUACAUUGACUGUUACCUCAGACUGGGGUGUAUGGCAAGAGACAAAGGACAGAUUUAUGAAGCUUCAGAUUGGUUUAAGGAUGCCCUUCGUAUCAACACUGAGCAUCCUGACGCUUGGUCACUCCUUGGAAACCUUCAUUUGGCCAAAAUGGAGUGGCAGCCUGGUCAAAAGAAGUUUGAGAGAAUCCUAAACAAUCCUGCAACUGCUAACGACACAUACUCACAUAUUGCUCUGGGUAAUGUUUGGCUGCAAACACUUCAUCAGCCCACUAAAGAGAAAGAACGUGAAAGGCGUCACCAAGACAGAGCCUUGCAGAUUUAUAAAGGGGUUUUAAGAAUAGACCCCAGGAAUAUCUGGGCUACAAAUGGAAUUGGAGCUGUUCUCGCUCACAAAGGAUGUGUUAAUGAGGCUCGCGACAUAUUUGCCCAGGUCCGUGAGGCUACUGCUGAUUUUUGUGACGUGUGGCUUAACAUUGCUCACAUAUAUGUAGAGCAAAAGCAGUACAUAAAUGCUAUUCAAAUGUAUGAAAAUUGCCUUCGUAAAUUUUACAAGUAUCACAAUGUAGAAGUUCUGCAAUAUCUGGCUCGCGCCUAUUUCAAAGCUGGCAAACUGCGAGAAGCUCGCACAGUACUGUUGAAGGCCCGUCGUGUUGCCCCACUAGACACGGUGGUUUUGUACAACAUUGCUCUUGUUCUUCAGAGGCUUGCCACACAGAUCUUGAAAGAUGAAAAAUCAACUCUGAACACUGUACUUCAAGCUGUAACCGAUUUGGGACUUUCGUUGAAGUACUUUGAGCACCUCUCUGUGAAUGGUGACCGUAUGAGAUAUGAUAUAAACUUGGCUGGCGCCGAAGCACGACAAUGUCAGGAUCUACUUUCCCAGGCACAAUACCAUGUGGCUCGUGCUCGCAGAGUGGAUGAAGAGGAGAAGAAGAUGAGGAAGAAACAGGAAGAAGAAAGGGUUGCAUUUAGACUGAAGCAGAAGAAGGAAAUGAAAUUAAUGGAAGAAAGGAGACGACAAGAAACUGAGGAGCUGCUGGCACGUCGUGCGGAGUACAAGGAAAAGACUAAGAAUGCUCUGACGUUCGCUGAGCUGCCACCUGAAAUGAAACCGAAGAAAGGCCGUGGUCGCAAGGGUGGACAAGAUGGGGAAAUUUUGUCAGAGUCUGGCUCUGAUGAUGCUGGCCCAUCUGAACCUAGGGAAAGAAAGCCUAAGGAAAAGAAGAAGCGCUCGGCUGGACGAAGAACAAAGAAUGAUGAUGGGUCCGGAAGUGACCGGCCAAAGAAAAAGAGAUUCCGUAAAACGAAGGAGAAGGGACCACGCAAGAGCAGACCAAGUGAUGAAGGAAUGUCCAAAGCCCAGAAAAUGCGCAUCAUCUCCAAAGCAACCAUUUCAACUAGUGAGUCAGACUCUGACUCUGGAAAUGAUAAAAAGAAGUCAGGUUCAGAUUCUGAUAGAGGCAAACAUAGAUCUGGUUCUGAUUCUGACAGAGGCAAAAGAGGAUCAGGCUCUGAUUCUGACAGAAGCAAAAGGAGAUCUGGCUCCGAAUCUGACAGAAGCAAAAGGAGAUCUGGUUCGGAUUCAGAGUCUGGAAAAGAUAGAAGGAAGUCAGGAUCAGGUUCAGGUUCAGGUUCGGGCUCUGGGUCAGGUUCAGACUCAGGAAGUGAGAAACGGAAAUCUGACAGCGGAAGCAGGAAAUCGGGCCAUUCUUCUGCCAAGUCAUCUGGGAAUGAAAGCAAUUGAUCAUCUCUUGUGGAUCUCAAUCUCCAUGUGGAUAUGCAACUACUUAUCUAAAAUAAAUUAUAGUUUUGUUUAUAGUUUGACUCUACCAAUGUCAUAAUGUGUGUCAUUCCUAUAUAUUCUAAUAAUCUUGUACAGUUACUGUGCAAGCAAUGAAUCAGCCCCUCUACCAACCUCUAGAUGUAAAACAUCCUUCUGUUAUCAAACAUAUGCUGUUGUCUCAAUACUUCAUAGGUGGGAGGACUGGACAAACCGAACUUGUGAAGCAUGAUGUGUUUGCUUUUCCCAAGAAAGUCAUAUUUAAUUAACAUAUGCCUUUGGUAUGUUUAAUGAUUAAUAGGUUUUUUUCUGACAGCUGCCAUGAAUUGCUAGCUUUGUGAAAGCCUUUGUGUAGCCCCAAUUAAAUUUUGCUGAUUGUAGGCAGCCGUAUUUUCUUUAUGGGAACCUCCUUUGUGGUGGUUAGCCUUAUUGCGUUACAAGAACGAAUCUAUUGACUUAAUGCCUAACAUCGAUUCAAAGUGUUAGAAUAUUAUUGUUAUUUGCAGCUGUUUUUAUCUUUCAGCUGCCUCAACGUUUUAGUUUUGAAUUAAAUUUGAUAUUGGUCUUACCCUGAUGUGAAUCUCUAAAUCAGUGUUGUUAGUUUGAAGUAGCAAUUGGGACAGUUGAAAACAAAGCCUGUGCACCUCACUUACAGGAUUUUCCAACUAAUACAGGACAAAUUUUAUUAUGCUUCAAGCCUUGUUUCUUUUCCUUUGUAUGUAUCCGAAGUGCAGUUGCAUGUUGCAGCUUCUGUAUAUUAUAGGCAGUGUAAAUAUCUGUACAGUGACCAUUGUUUUAAGCCAAUGACGCAAUAAAUUUUUUGAAGCGACA